GGAGGAGCGGCGGGAGGAGCAGCGGCAGCGCCGCGGGUCCCGCCGCCCGCACCGGCAAGCGCUCGACCCGGGCCGGCCGGGCGCAGGGGCGGAGGCGGCGGGAGCGCGGCGCUGUCCCUUCAGCACCGGCGGCGCCCCCCGCCCGCAGCGCUGGGAGGGGCGAGGGCACAGCUCCGCGUUUCCCGCGGGGGCUGCAGCCAGCACCGGAGCCCCGCGCACCUGUGGGCAGCGCCGGUGCCGGGAUUUUUCUUCCCACCCCCCCCACCUUUUCUUUUUUCCUUUUUUUUUUUUUUUUUUCCCUUGUGCUUUUGGCCACGUCCAACCAGGGAAAGGCCCUCCCCCUCCGGCACCGCAGCGCCCGCGCUCCCGGAGCAUGGCCCCCCCUGCCCCUGCCCCUCCGCCGCGGCUGCAGCUGCCGCGGACCCCGAGCGUCUGACUCCAGACGGAGGCGGCGCAGCGUCGGGAGCCACCGCCACCGGCAUCGCCUCGGAGCGGCCCCGGGGGAGCGGGGCUGGCCGGGGCCCCUCGCCCCCGCGGGCCCGGAGCGGGGCUCGGCUUAGGCACCGACUGCCGCCGAGCAGCCGUCCCCUGACGGGCUUGCUGCCUGCCGUGCUUGCUUGGAUGAGUCUGCGACAUGCCUAAUAAGAGACGAGAUGGGCCAGGGCGACGAGAGCGACCGCAUUGUGAUCAACGUGGGAGGGACUAGGCACCAGACUUACCGCAGCACCCUGCGCACCCUGCCCGGCACGCGGCUGGCCUGGAUCGCUGAGCCCGAUGCCCACAGCCACUUUGACUAUGACCCCCGCACGGAUGAGUUUUUCUUUGACCGGCACCCGGGCGUCUUCGCCCACAUCCUGAAUUACUACCGCACUGGCAAGCUGCACUGCCCCGCGGACGUGUGCGGGCCCCUGUAUGAGGAGGAGCUGGCCUUCUGGGGCAUCGAUGAGACCGAUGUGGAGCCCUGCUGUUGGAUGACCUACCGGCAGCACCGCGACGCCGAAGAGGCUCUGGACAGCUUUGGUGGGGCUCCCCUGGAUAGCAGUGCUGAGGACGGAGACAUAGAUGGCACCGGAGACUCUGGUGAUGGUGAAGAUGAGCUGGAGAUGACAAAACGCCUAGCACUUAGUGACUCCCCAGAUGGCAGGUCUGGGGGCUUCUGGAGACGGUGGCAGCCCCGCAUCUGGGCACUCUUUGAGGAUCCCUACUCCUCCAGAUAUGCAAGGUAUGUGGCAUUUGCCUCCCUGUUCUUCAUUCUGGUCUCCAUUACCACCUUCUGCCUCGAGACCCAUGAGAGAUUUAACCCCAUUGUGAACAAGACAGAAACUGAAUUCAUCGGGAAUGACACCCAGGUGCGGCACUACAGGGAAGCAGAGACGGAAGCCUUUCUCACCUACAUCGAAGGUGUCUGCGUGGUCUGGUUUACAUUUGAGUUCUUGAUGAGAGUCACUUUCUGCCCAAACAAGGUGGAAUUUAUCAAAAACUCUUUGAACAUCAUUGACUUUGUGGCCAUACUGCCUUUCUAUCUAGAGGUUGGACUCAGUGGCCUGUCUUCCAAAGCUGCUAAGGAUGUCCUGGGCUUCCUCCGUGUAGUCCGUUUCGUGCGAAUCCUGCGAAUUUUCAAGCUGACCCGCCACUUCGUCGGGUUGCGGGUCUUGGGACACACCCUCCGUGCCAGCACAAACGAAUUCUUGCUGCUCAUCAUAUUUUUGGCAUUGGGCGUCUUAAUCUUUGCCACGAUGAUCUAUUAUGCCGAGAGAAUAGGUGCUAAACCAAAUGACCCUAGUGCCAGUGAACACACACACUUUAAAAAUAUCCCCAUCGGCUUUUGGUGGGCUGUUGUCACCAUGACGACCCUGGGCUACGGAGACAUGUAUCCUCAGACUUGGUCAGGCAUGCUGGUGGGGGCCCUCUGCGCUCUCGCUGGUGUGCUGACCAUUGCCAUGCCUGUCCCUGUCAUUGUGAACAAUUUCGGAAUGUAUUACUCCUUAGCUAUGGCUAAGCAGAAGCUACCAAAGAAAAAAAAGAAGCAUAUCCCGAGGCCACCCCAGCUGGGAUCCCCCAAUUAUUGUAAAUCUGUCGUAAACUCUCCACACCACAGUACUCAGAGCGACACUUGCCCACUGGCCCAAGAAGAAAUUUUAGAAAUUAACAGAGCAGAUUCGAAACUGAAUGGUGAGGUGGCCAAGGCGGCGCUGGCAAACGAAGACUGUCCCCACAUAGACCAGGCUAUUACGCCUGAUGAGGGCCUGCCCUUUACCCGCUCUGGCACUCGGGAGAGAUAUGGACCCUGCUUCCUCUUAUCAACCGGGGAAUAUCCCUGCCCGCCUGAUGGAGGAAUAAGAAAGGGUUACGAAAUGUCACGGAGCCUUAACAGCAUAGCUGGCAUAAGUGGAAAAGCGAUAGGAUUAUCCUCAGUGUCUGCGCCCUACAGCUCUCCUAGCCCAGUGAGACGUUCUUGGUCUCCCAUCCCAUCUAUUUUGUAGCAUGGAUCAGUAGCAGAGAAUGGUCUAAAAAGCUUUACUUUCAAUUAGCCUAUGCGAUGUUGCAUAUAGUCCAGGUGACUAAGUCUGAAGAUGCAAUGUCUCACAGUAGCACCCGCUGCAAACGGUGUUACUUCUGAUGCUUAGGUGACAACACUCCUAAAUAGCACUCAGAUGACAAUAGGCAGGCAUUGGCGUAGCACUGGUGGGCCAUAUGUGCUGCAUGGUAUCACUACAUAGGAUGAAGGGUAGAUGCACCAGAUAGCUUCCUUCCUGGUGCAUCCUGCUAGUAUAUGCUUAUUGUGGCUAAUGGUGGAUCUACUGGCUCUGUAUGGAAUGGGUUAGGCGUUUAGUCGAUGCUGAAACAUGCCAACGAUGGAAGAUUUUGCUUUUCUCAGGAUAUUUUUGAGCCAUAGGAACCCUGCAGGAGUUUGAGCAAACAAGCACAGUAGGAUGAAACUUUGCAUGGGCACCUAUUUUAAGCUGAAAGCAAUACUAAGACACACUGUAGAGAGGUCUCAGUCUGGCUGACUGCAUGGGAAAAAAAAUCCUGUUGAAGAAGAAUAUGGCUGCCUCUGCAUGUAGCUAUCUCACCUUUUCCUCCUUCCUUUAACACUAAGAUGCCGAGCUUGAUGUGAAAAGCGCAGGGAAGAAGCUCAAGUACUGAUUGUAUUCUUUACAUGCAGAUCUUUGCAAAGAAAGUCCAGUCAUUGCUAAAUAUAUGCCAACAGAGGCAGUCAGAGUGACCUGACAAGGCAAGAUGGAGAUGAACAUUGAUGGCUAAUAAACAUCUCUGUGGAACUGUGCAGGCAUAGAAGACCUUCUCAUUUGGACAAAGUUAACUCGCUCCAUGCAGGUUUUAUGGAUGAUUCUUCGUGGUUCUGGAGUUGUACUAGAGAUGCAGGCUUUUUCUACGGCCAAAAUGUAACAAAACUGUAGAAGAUCUUUCUUUUUUUUUUUAAUCUAUUUUUUUGUUCCAAAGCAUGACUUGCAUGAAGACAAAAAUGAAAAUGAAAAAAAAAAAACCAUAAAACAAAAAAAACCCAACAAAACAACACACACACAAGAAAUACUGCAAAUGUAUGAUUAAGGAGAAAAAAGAAAAAAAAAAGCAAAGUUAUAUAUUUUCUUUCAAAGCUCUUUACUUUUACAUACAUUGUUGUAGCGAAAAUGUAAAACAUUAUAAAACUGUACAUUUCUUUGCUAUGGAUCGCUUCUUUUUGUAUACAAGAUAAAGAGUAAUGGUUUUAAAAAGUGCAAUCAGGCAGUCAUCGGUCAUAUUGACCACGCCUUCACAGUUCAUCACACCAACAUGGAAAUCAAGAACUUUUAAUCCAACUAGAAGUGUAUAAAAAUAAGAAAAACUUUUUCCUGUCUGUUUUUGUUGGCAUGCUUGUGACACAUGGGACCUUCCUUCGGACCUGACAGUAACAGCUGGUAAUUUUCCAGCUCUGGUUAUGUUGUAUUUUAUUGAUGUAUAGAUCCAACAUAAAGACCCUUCAUAAAUUGUUCAUAUUAAGUAAUCAGUAUGAAUUUUAAACAAAAGAGGUGUUAUUUUAAAACUGGGACUUAUAGUACAAAAUCAGGAAAAUACUCAAGUAUAAAUGGUCUCAAAGUUUAAGAAACAAGACAACAGCAUUGUAUGCAAUUUAGUACUGAGUAAAAUGCAUGCACAAUGUUAUGCAAAACAAUUCUAGCAUGAAAAUAAAUUUUGUAUCAUGGUUUCAGUGCCUGCUGUAUAGUGUAAAGGGGAAUCCUUUUCUGAAGCAAUCAGGGGUUUCCAGAGACUUGCUUCUAAAAUCUUGAAUAAAUACAGUGUUCUCAACAGAAAUGUAGGAGAAAAGCUUGGUAUUGCUUUGGUUCUACAAUGCUAAUUUUGGUUAGUAGAUAAUAAAUGAAGCCUGCAAACACUUGAUACAACUGAUGUCUAAAGAAUUCACACCAUUAGUAAUUUUACAAGGGAAGAUUAAAAACCCCUAUAAUGA